CGUACAGACAUUUGUAUAUAAAAAAUAUUGACCUCACUGGUGGGGUAAUGUUUGGCAUACUAUUUACUAUCUCUUUAUCGUGAGUUCUUCCGGUGUAAUCACUAGCACUUCCGGGAUUUUCCGCAGUGUGGCGCGCUGACGAGCUCCACCAGCAAAACAGCUUUAAUCCUUAGAAGCUGUGCGAUGGCAGAGCCUCGAAGUCAGGUCUCGGCGUCCGUGUCCCAGAAGUCCCUGGGAUUUUCGGCCUCGGAGGGGCCAGCAGCAGAGAUGGACCCAGUGGAAUACACCCUCCGCAAGCGGCUGCCCAGGAAGCUACCAAAGCGGCGCAAUGACGUCUAUAUCAACAUGAAGACUGACUUCAAGGCCCAGCUGGCCAGGUGUCAGAAGCUGCUGGAUGGUGGUGCAGGUCACAGGGAGAUCUGCAUUCAUGGCCUUGGACUUGCUAUCAAUCGAGCCAUUAACAUUGCUCUACAGUUGCAGGCAUUCAGUCAGGGGGCACUUCAGCUCGCUGCCAACACCUCCACUGUAGAGCUCAUAGAUGAUCUGGAACCUGAGGAUCCAGAUGAAGCUGGGGAGCCCCUAACACGCACGCGCAACAACUCUGCCAUCCACAUCAAAGUGUUCUACCCCAGUGCUUAAAGACAGAUCCCAAUAUGAGGUUUAAGAAGUGAGAAUAUUGACGAUUUCCAUAUUGAAAAUACAUGAGAAAAGGACAAGCCAGUGUCUGCUUUUAGUUGUAGAAGGCUGUAAGCUUUCUUCUUUGCUAAUACACUGAACAUACAACCUGUUACAAUGAACUACAAACAUUGCUGAAGAGACGCCAAUCGGAGACAUUCAGUAGAUGAAACUGCAUAAAGUAAAAUGAUAUUUCUGUCUUAACUGGAAUUUAGAAAGGCCUUGUGUGAAUUUAGCUGAGCAGCACUGUCCAAACCUACCAGUUCACUGACAGUAGAUGGGAUGAAAUGUAAGCUACAGGGAGAAGAACUGUGACCUGUGUCUGCGAAUCCAUAGUUCUCAUACAACCAUGAGGUUAAACAUUUUGUGCUGGUGUGUUGUUUUGGAGUGAAAAAUAUUAUUUAAUGUGUCUAUGCAUGUCAGAUUUCCUGAAGGACAAAUUGUUUUAUUUUAUUUUUGAACAUAUUUGUUGUAUAGUUGUGUAAAUAAAGCACUGUACUUGUACAAUUUCCUCCUCA